AUGCGAGGGGCACCAAAAUUAGGGCUUAAGCCUUAUGGAGCUAUCGGAGCCUUGUUGACGACCCAGAACCAAGAAAAUCUAGACAUUGAUCGCCGCGUUCCAGUUUCGGUCCGCAAGGAGAAGCCAUCAUGCUCUCCAAGAGAGAUGCAGGUGCAGGACGGCAAAGGCUGGGCAUCUGCGGCACCGUUUGGGGUCGCAGAUGGCCAGAAACGGUGCCGCAGUCCCCAUCUCUACGUUCUCGGAUUCGAAUAG